AGUCCCGCAUUAUUUUUAAGGUCACGGUUGACGUCUUCACCUUUGUUUAAAGUUUAUAUCAUUAAAUGUACCGUAAAAUGACUAAAGUUCAGCGGGUUCACUGUUUAUGUUAUGCUAAACCUGUUCGCCGUUGACAGCUGGUCGGCAGGUGGCGCACGGCGGAAGUUGUGGGAUUAAUAUCAACCGUCGUCAGUUUAAUUUGGGACGCAGCACGGGCAAAACUAGCUCUGGAGUGGGUGUUUGUUUGAUAUAAAUUGUAGUCUACUUUCAUUUACUACAUAUUCCUUCCCAUAAAAGUCGUCUAUAUAAACCAUUGUACCCGUAUCGCCCUCAAAACGCUCCAGCGGCUGUGUUAGUGAGUAUUUUAUUUUGAAAAUCCAGCCACCGGAAGCGUCAUUUAUCAGUUAUACAGGCUUGACAGUAGCUACACAGGCACAUCAGCUGUACAUGCGAGAGGAAUACUGACCUAAUUAAUUGCACAGGGGACAACAACAGAAACGACGACACAACACAACGCAGCGACCUACCGGAGAGAAUGACAUUUUUCUUGUAACUCAGCCAGAAGAUACUGUGCGUGGGACUUGGUGUCAUUACAGAGAAAGCUCCACCAACCUGUCUGCCUAGGAGCCAAUACAGAGCUGACAAGCGUACUAUUGACUGCUGCGACUGAGAGAUUGGACGAGGAGGAAGAAACAGCCAAAGAGACAGAGAGAGAGAGAGAGAGAGAAAGCUUUUCCUCUCUGGAUAUAAGGGGGUUUUUGGUCACAGAGAUCAUUGUUUUGCAGACGCUUCUCACGGGAAAAGUAGCCAUUGAAAUGUCUAUAAUGGCCGAGCUGUCAUCAGCCCAGGUGACCGAGUGCACCUGAGCAGUACUGGGGCUGCACACACUCAAAGUCACCACCAGCCUGUGGGCAUUUAGUGCGCAGUUAAAGAGCAAAUCUACUGUGUUACAGAUUGAACAACGUGACUGAAUCCCUCACAUUUUUUUGUCCGGAUAUUUUUACCUGGAGGUUGGUUUUUUUUUUGUUUUUUUUUUUGGUGGCUUACCUGCAAGAGGAAAAACAGGCUCAGGAGGACUAAUGACGUUACAGAUGACUGUUUGUGGAUUUGGGAUUUACUGAGCUGUUGAUUAUAGCACACGAGAAGGCUGUUAGGACUCAAGCGUCCAUGUGCAGGAAUGCAGAUCCACGUAUGGAGACAGACCAUACAGUGUAGCGUUUGAGCAGCUGAGCCCGUGAAGGCCCCAGUGACGGCCAUGUUGGAUCUCUUCCUCAGACUGCUGGUGUCGACCCGUCUUCACCCGUCGCCUCACAGCACCUGGCUGCCAACCUAACUCCUCGCUCCCUCUCUCUUCCCCACAUCUCUUUCUUCCACCGCCUGGCCGGGAGAAAGGUCCUUGGUCCUUGUGGAAAAUGUCCUAUGCACACCACAAGCUGCUCACCUGGAGCUUACCUCACCUCCUCCUCCUCCCGCUGACCUACCUCUUGCUCUUAGCUUCUCCCACAGGUGUGUCUGCAAAUCUCUGCCGGGUGACUGGCGGGGUGCUGGGGAUCCACUGGAGCAGCAUCGUCAGCCUCGGGUGGCACUCUCUGGCAAAUGGGAGAGGCGGGGCGACAUGCUGGGAGUCCUGCUGUUUGAACCCAAGCUGCAGUGCCGUGUGGAGCCUUGGCGGGCAAUGUGUGCUUCUCAGCUGCUCGCGGAAGAGGGGCUGCCCAAUCACCUCCCUGCCCCAGCCCUACCAGGAGUCCCUCGGCCUCCUUCAGCUGCUCUCAAAGGGUCCUGUCAUCACAGCAAAACGUCGAAGACUUCGUCACGCACAGCAUGCAGGAAGCCACACACUGGACACAGAACCCCUUACCCGCACGGACAGUCCCAAACUGGAAACCGCUCACCUAACUCCAGCAGUACCCAGCACUAGUACACUUCUCCAGACAGCCCAAAAGAACCUUAGCCAGGUAGCCAACGGGAGUGCAGACGUCGCUCCAGCUCCAUCACAGCAGAACUCAACGGCGGACAGCACCGUUGAUACUCCUGCGUCUUCCAAUGGCAGUGAUGUCAGCACACCCACAGCCACAACUGCAGCUGCUAUCAUCACAACUCCAACACAGGCUGUGAGGGAGCUGGUGGUGUCAGCAGGAGAGAGUGUGGAGGUCACGCUGCCCCGCAACGACAUUGAGCUCAACGCCUUUGUCGUCCCACCACCCCCGCCAGGGACAAGCUAUGCAUUUGACUGGCGUCUGAUAACUCAUCCCAAAGAUUACAGUGGGGAGAUGGAAGGGAAGCACAGCAAGUCGCUGAAACUCAGCAAGCUGACUGUGGGUCUGUAUGAGUUUGAGGUGACAGUGGACGGGGAGGGGGCCCAUGGAGAAGGUUAUGUCAAUGUCACAGUCAAACCAGAACCGCGGGUAAACAAGCCUCCUGUUGCCGUAGUUUCCCCCAAGUUCCAGGAGAUCUCCUUGCCAACCAGUUCCACGGUCAUAGACGGCAGCCAGAGCACAGAUGAUGACAAGGUGGUGGCGUGGCACUGGGAAGAGGUGAAAGGUCCCCUGAGGGAGGAGAAGGUCUCUGCCGACACCCCUGUCCUCACCCUCACCAGCCUGGUGCCUGGGAACUACACAUUCAGUUUAACAGUGACAGACUCAGACGGAGCCACAAACUCGACACAGGCCACACUUUUAGUCAACAAAGCCAAGGAUUACCGGCCUGUGGCUAAUGCCGGCCCUAACCAGGUCAUCCAGUUGCCACACAACUCCAUCACUCUGAACGGGAGCCUAAGUACAGACGACCAUGACGACCUGUCCUAUGAGUGGUCCCUCAGCCCCGCGAGUAAAGACAAGGUGGUGGAGAUGCAGGGCGUACGGACGCCGAUCUUGCAGCUGUCAGCCAUGCAGGAGGGAGACUACACCUUCCAGCUGACCGUGACGGACUCAGCCGGACAGCAGGACACCGCCCAGGUCACUGUCAUUGUGCGGCCAGAAAACAACAAGCCGCCAGUAGCAGACGCAGGACCGGAGAAAGAGCUGACGCUGCCUGUCGAUCGCACCACACUGGAUGGUAGUAAGAGCAGCGAUGACCAGAAGAUAGCAACCUACCACUGGAAACAAACCAAGGGUCCUGAUGGUGUGGAGAUUGAAAAUGCAGACAGUGCUGUUGCCACGGUGACAGGUCUGGAGGUCGGCACGUACGAGUUCACCCUGACUGUAACUGAUGAGAGGAAGCUGCAAAGUAGCGACGCUGUCACAGUUAUCGUCAGAGAAGAGCUGGACCAGCCUCCAGUGGCUCGCGUUGUGUCGAGCCCACCCAUCAGUCUGCCUGCCAGGACUGGCACUCUAGAUGGAUCUCACUCCACUGAUGACAAAGGUGGAGUCAGCUACCUGUGGACCAGAGAUGAUAGCAGCCCUGCUGCUGGGGAUGUACUGAACAACUCUGACCACCAGGCAGUGCUCUUUCUGGGAAACCUGGUUGAGGGGAAGUACAGCUUCACCCUGACUGUAACUGACAGUAAGGGACAGACCAGCACGGAUAGGGGCACUGUGGAGGUCAAACCAGACAUAUGGGAGCGUGACCUGGUGGAGCUGGUGCUGGAGGUCUCUGUAUCCCAGGUCUCCCACCGUCAGCGCGACAUGCUGCUGCGCCAGGUUGGGGUUCUACUGGGCGUGCUUGACAGUGACAUCAUUGUGCGAGAGAUCAGUGCGUUCAAUGAGCACAGCACUCGUUUGGUCUUCCUGGUGUCAGGCGGUCCAGGGCGCCCUCCCCUGUCGGGACGCAACGUUGCACUUGGCCUCCGCAACAAACUGCGCAAACAGAAGAAUGACUUUCUCAUCUACAAGGCCCGACGAGUGGAUACAGUCAUCUGCCAGCUGAACUGCUCGAGUCACGGUGAGUGUGACUCGUUCACUCGGCGUUGUGUCUGUCACCCUUUCUGGAUGGAGAACUUCAUCAGAGCUCAGCUUGGAGAUGCAGAGAGCAACUGUGAGUGGAGCGUAUUAUAUGUGACAAUAGCAUCCUUCAUGAUUGUGGUUGCCAUAGCAACAGUUGUCUGGGGGAUGGUGUGUUGCUGCAACAGGCGUAAGAGCAAAGUGCGCAGAAGCAAAAGCAGGUAUAAAAUGCUAGAAGCUGAUGAGCAAGACAGCCUGGAGCUACAACCACCAAGAGCUGCACGCUUGAAGCCGGUGCCCGCUCCCACCUCCUCCGCCCUCAUGCACUCGGACUCUGACUUGGACAGUGAUGACGGGCAGGGCGGGGUCCCGUGGACGGAGCAGGAGCGCGGGCAUCUCCUGCGGCCCCAGAACGGCUCCCUGAGGAACGGCCAGGGGCCGGUGAGGGGCAAAAAGCAAAGAGAAGAGCUGCUAUAGCAAGAGAGGAAGGGGGGAGCUCGCCGCUGCCCUCACACGUACACCUCCACCUCCAGCUAUCACGCCCACUCUUUUCCUCACUCCUCCCGUUUCUCUUUUGUUGUUCUUCAACACAGAAACCUCACACCUCUCAUCCAUGAAGACAAACUGUGUGAUACCUGGAUUAAGGAAGAAAAAAGAGGAAAAACAUGCUGGAAACAUGUUGUCCCACUAUCACAGAAAAUACACCACUGUACUAACAUUUCCCUGCUCCCACACUGAGCCACUAUGGAGGAAACACACGCUACCCUGAGAAACAGGGCUGAGCACUGUGCUUUGAAUGGUGUAAAAACAAAACGUAGAUCCCUAUUAUUUAACACAGAGACAUAACGAAUGUACUGUUACCCCUUACGGCGCACGAAGUAGCCUGAGUGACACUUGACUUUCUGGAUUUCAAAACAAAAACUCUGCUUCAACGACACGAAAACCAGCCACUUGACACGCUCACACCUUGCCUCUUGUAGACACGCAUGCACACGCACAAAGACGUCGUAUUCACACUGUUCCAGGUCAACCUGAUGCUACCAAACACUGCCAUGUAAAAAUCAAUGGUUAACUCUGCUCUGAUGAUUUUUCGUUAGUGGCCGACACGGUCGUCGGAAAGGAAAAACACAACCAAAACAAGAGCUACCAACAGCAAAGGACCCUGCUCCAAAUAACAAAAAAAAUUGCAUGAAGAGUGACAGAUUGCAGUUCUGGUACAACUGGAUGCUGGAAUGAUCGUCUGCAUGUUUGUGUGUUGGGUGUAUGUGUGGAUUUUUCUGGCUACUGUGUCAAAAGAUGUUUCUUCAGAGCCAUUUGUAUGUUUUUAUUUCUUUUACCCUGAGGAAGAGUCGCAGGGUUGUCAGCGAUGACACUCAGAGCCAGAAGAUCCUUUAAAAAGAAACGUGUGCUUUUAUUUUGAAGUCGUUGGGACACACUGGAAUACACAACACUAAUGAGUUUAGUCUCAACGGAGAUGAUUACGAGGAGAAGUUCACAACACAACAAAUGGGACUGCUUCCUCACUCACCUCAAUAUGAAUUAAUGUAACAACUGCUUGAAACAUGAAGACCACUUAAGUUUUUGUAUGUUUUUUUUGUUUUGUUUUGUUUUGUUUUACAAACAACUUUCAGGCUGUGAUUAGAUGUUGAUGCACUUUGAUUUCAUGUCUGUCAGCUUCGGUCUCAUUUUUUCUCCUGUUGGUUUAAAAGGGAGAUCUGUGAUGGUUAAAGUUGGAAAAGUUCAGCCAUAAAAAACAGGAUUUAACUGCAUUUAAAAUUAUUUAUUUUCCCGACUUUAAAGGGACAGUUCACCCUAAAACCAAAAAUACAGAUUGUCCCUCUUACCGGAAGUGAUGUUUAUUAGUUUAGACUGUUUUGGUGUGUUAGUCAAGUGUGGAUGGCACUCGGCUUGUGGUGCUUAAAGUGCCAAAAAAUACAUUUGAAAAACUCAACAGCAAUGUCUCUUCCAGAAAUCAUGACCCGCUUACUCAAGAUAAUCCACAGACCUUGUUGUGACCAGUUUCAUGUAGGAACUGUUUUUUUCUACGGAACUACACCUGCCAACUGUAUCACUGUGCAGAAGGAAGAGUGCAUCUACUGCUAGCUCACCUAGCACCCCAGAGCGAGCUAACCUUAAAGCUCAACAGAGGAGGAUGCCAUGGAUGUAUAAAGAGAAGUGUAUACAGCAGUGGAGGUAGAUCCCGAUUUAUUCCUAUGAACAUUGCUCAGUAGCACAUGAAGCCAAAAAAACUUAUGUGGUAUGAAAAUAUCUGGAUUUCCCCCAUCGUGGUGACCAAAGAACAAGUGCACUAUAGAGACAUAUGGCAGCUGAGCAGCUAACUUCUGCAGGUCAGGCAGCUAACUUCCAGUUUCGCCCUCUGCUUACUUAAAUGAAUAUACGACUUGUAUUUUCGAAUAUAUGACUUUUGGAAUGCUGUUAGACUGAAUUGAUCAAAUUAUGAUAGUGAAAAGAGUCAUAUUGUGGGGGUUGUGACACUCAAAAAAAUGUAGCCACUGAUUUAAAGUGGUCACUGUUAUAAACAUGAGCCUCUCAUCCAUGAGUAGAUGCACGCUUCCUUCUGCACAGUGAUACAGUUGGCGGGUGUAGUUCAGUAGACAGAAAACAGUUCCUAUAUGAAACUGCUCACAACAAGGUCUGUGGAUUAUCUUGUGCAACUGAAUCAUGAUUUCUAGAAAGAGACAUUGCUGUUGAGUUUUUCAAGUGUAUUUUUUGGCACUUUGAGCACCACAAGCCAAGUGUCAUCUAGUUCCAUUAUAUUGCAGAAAAGGCAGAUAUCUCUACAGAUGAUAUCUCAAACACUCGGCAGCUCACACCAAAACAAUCUAGACUGAUAAACAGCACUACAGGUAAGAGGAAAAAAUACGUAUUUUUGAUUUUUGGGUCAACUGUCCCUUUGAAGAUGAAGGAAGAGGAUGUGUUAACAAAAGUGAAUGGAGCUCAAGUCCAGAAGCACCUCAGUAAUUAUUACAUACCUGCAGGCUUGGAAUGGAAAUGCUGAUGUAAGCUAAAUGUGUGGCAAAGUAGGACUUUAACUUUUUAAUCUUUUGAGGUCAUUUUUGUAGUUUCUGUGCAAAUUCAGCAACCAAUUAUAAUCUGCUGGGCUCCACAUAUGAUGAGCACUUUUAUCCUGUUUUUCCUUUUGGCAAACAUUUAGUCAGCUCAAUUUGGGGAUUAUUAAAAUUACACAAAAAGGAAACAAAAAUUAGACAUUAAAACAGGUAUCAUCGAACUUCCUUAGACCUGAAACUGUUUUAAAAAAUAACUGUCUUCCCACAAGUAAGAUGCAAGCAGAAGGUUCAUCUGUGGGAUUUUUUCUUUGCCAUAAAAACAGAACAGAACACACAUGGCUGUAAGAACACAGGCGAUCUGUAGUGACAGGUGUUUUGCAUUGAGGGACACUUUAACCAAAUAACUCUUCCUGCAACAUGUCAGUCUGUGAUUGUUUUGCAUGUGAAACUGGCCACAUUUUGAGUCACUUUUUCUUCUGUUCUUUCUGUUGAAUGUUAAAAGGGUACACCAUUGAUUUACUUCAACUUGUACUCUGUGUGAAAUAAGCAAUCAUUGAAACAUUUUGCAAAAAAAAUGUCUAUUUCUCAUGCUGAUGUCAGUUCUGCUGCACUAGUUUAGCAUCAGGUGCACAUCAGGCCAGGGCCAAGACUUUUUUUAAAAAUAGAUUUCAUCCAGGCCCUCUUUUCCCAACUUGUGUGAGGCAAACUAAAAUCAAAGUGCACCCAAGUGCCAACGCUGUGAAUUGUGAUCUUUUGCAACACUUUAAAAUAAUGUCAUAUUCUUCCCAUGUUUUUUGCACAUCAUAAAGAAGGGUCUUUAGAGUAACUGCUAAAAUUUGACAUUGAUUCACUCACUCACCCCUGAGAGAACUCACAGGGGAAAACAACUUUGAAGGAAAAUUCAAGGCCAAUUUACAACACAAAAUUCCGCAUUUCUUCUGUUAGGUGCACAACAUAUUUCAGUCGCUUUUUGGAUUUAGAGAAGUAAGUGAAUUGACCUCGACUCUGACGGAGUCCACUGUGAAGGCAGAUAGAGGAAAUAGGAAGCAACUGUUGAAUGAAGGGAGUUUAAUUUAAGAUGUUUUAGAUAAGCUUUUAGCGAAGGAUUUCCACCCUUCUUUCCUCCUGUGUGACCAGACCUGAUGCAACUGGAUAAUCUGUAAAUUAAAAUAAAAUGUUUCAGUUUGUUCUUGAGUUUUUUGGA